AUGCGCGAGCCGCUGGUGCUACGCGUGACCAGUGUGCUGCGCGACUGUCUUUCCUGGACGGCGCUCGUGGCUCAUGGGCCAAACCACGGUGGUAGCACGAGAUGGGGUGGGAGUACGGCAAAGGAACAGGCUAGCGCCAAACAGCAGCUGGCCAAUGGGCUGCGGGAGGGCGGCACACUGGGGGCAGGCGUGGCGCAGGGCACGAUUCGAGGAAGGAGCGACCCACGCCAAACUCCAGAUCGCCAGCGUUCGCAGCGGCUCCUCAUUACCACUCGUGUUGCUGUCGUGCUGUCAAGACAAACACGUAGACGCUGGCGCUGCGGUCUCCUUCUCGUCGCUCUUUAG